AUGUCCCAAUCAACAGAAUCAAACCCCCUCCCACCCUAUCCCCUCCACCCCUCCGUCGCGUCCCGCAUCAACCCGGAAUACGCCGCCUUCUACAACGCGCACAUCUCCGACAAGCAGCAAGUCCACCUCCAACCGAUCGCCACGUCGCGGUCCUCGGGCGUGCUGAUCCCAGGGGCGGGCCCGCUCCUCCCCGUCGGCAGCACCCAAGACUACACCAUUCCGCGCACCACGUCCAGCGGGCCCGACGUCAAGGUCCGCGUCUUCACUCCCGCCGGCAGCAGGCCCGCAUCCGGCUGGCCGGCCUGCGUCUACUUCCACGGCGGCGGCUGGGUGCUCGGCACCAUCGACACGGAGAACGUGGUGUGCAGCAACCUCUGCGCGCGCGGCGGCGCCGUCGUCAUCACGGUCGACUACCGCCUCGCGCCCGAGGACCCCUUCCCGGCCGCCGUCGACGACUGCUGGGAGGCCGUGCGGUGGACCGCGACCGAGGGCAGGGCGCUGCUGGGGCUGGACCUCGACCGGCUCGCGACGGGCGGGUCGUCGGCCGGCGGCAACCUCGCGGCCGUCAUGUGCCAGCGCGCCGCGGCCGGCGACGGCCCGCGCUUCCGCCUGCAGCUGCUCUCGGUGCCCGUGGCGGACAACACGGCCUCGCCCCAGACGACGCCCAGCUGGCGCGAGAACGAGCACGCGCCCGCCCUCCCCGCGCCCAAGAUGAUGUGGUACCGCCGCCACUACCUCCCGCGGGAGUCGGACUGGGCCAACCCGGAAGCCAGCCCGCUGCUCUGGCGGGGCGAUUGGAGCAGGCUGCCGCGGGCCGUGAUCGUGUGCGGCGAGCUGGACGUGCUGCGCGACGAAGGGGUCGCCUUUGGCGACAAGCUGAAGAAGGCCGGCGUCAGGGCCGACGUGCACGUCUUGGAGGGCCAGCCGCAUCCGUUUCUGGCCAUGGACGGCGUGCUGGAGGAUGGGAGGAGGGCCAUUACUUAUUUCUGUGACGCGCUGAAGGAGUUGUAG